UAACAACAGCGCGUUGUUGGGGCAAAAGAUCCUUGCAUCAUACUGCAUCUGCACAGCCACAGCGCCAGAUAAAGAAAUGCCGCGCAUGCGUCGACUAUUGCUACCUAAUCUCACCUCUGCAGCCUCACGAAAGUUGUCAGAGCAGCAAGCAAAAUGGAUCCCCUUAGUGUGGCCGGGCUUGGAAUAGGCGUGGUGUCUUUGACAUUUGAGCUCUUCUCGAUAUGUGUCAAAGGCUACAAUCUACUCCUCGAGGCUGAGGGGAUGCCCAAGUCAUGCCAGUAUCUUCAUGUGCGGCUUGCAAUGGAGAAGGAGAAGCUUCUUGGAUGGGCACUUCUCACCAAAAUCUCGGAGGGCGACACGGCAGCUGGGCCUGCACUGAGGUUCAACAGGCAUACCGUAAUUGACGCACUACGCGAGACCCAGAUCCUAUUGUUUGACGCAUCACGACUUGAUAGGCGCUACAAACUGAAAAUUACAGUAUCGACUGAUAAGUCGCCGCCUGAAACGGAGGUCAUUCAGGUUGUGGGAGACAAGACUCUUCGAAACGAGUACUUGGUACUUCAGCAAAAAGCGCUUGAUUUUGUCUCAAAGACUCGAAAAUACCCAAAGAAGCUUCAAUGGGCGUCCUUUGACAAGGCCAAUUUCGAAGACCUUCUCUCCAACUUGAGGAUUCUCAAUGAUGACAUGAUGGGCUUUCUAGAGGCAUACGAGCGGAAGCGCCAUUUCCAGAUGCAGGAGGCUACCUUUAUGCAAAUCCUCCAAGUCAAUAACCGAAUGGAUAACCUCGUCGAGUUGCUCCAUUCGUUGAAGGAUACGGCGGCUGAGGACGCGAAAGAUGGCCAGGGCAGCAACCUCGACCAACGCGCCUACGAGAACCGGCUUAUCCGUCUUACCCGAUUCAAGGCAGUAAGCAUCGCGAUAGAAAAUUCAACUACCCACAUCAGCGAGCCUGAAGCCCGUUCGAUCCUUGACAACGCGAUGGCCGGUGCCGAAUUGUCGCUCGGAAAGCUGACACAAAUUGCUCCUGAUGACGAUGACGAGCAGGGCCAGCGCUCUCAUGGAUUAUACGAUAAAACCCCAGUUUGGGUAGAGUGGAGGUACUACGAGGGCGAGGGUGAAGACGAAGAGCCUCCUGCGUUCAUCGUGCAAAGAAUAUCCAAGUUGGCAAAACUUCUCCGCGAGGGAAUGAAGCCGGCCGAGUUCCUCGUCCCCGACUGUCUUGGAUAUAUCCACCAACAGUCUCACUGCCGAUUUGGCUUUGUCUACAAAAGCAUGGAGUCACUUGGCAGAAAUCUACCUAUUUGCUUGUCCGAACUGCUGUCGACCGUCAAGAAGCCGUCACUCACGACUCGAGUCCGGAUCGCUCACGCGGUAGCGAACUCUAUCUGGUAUCUGCAUGCCACCAACUGGCUUCACAAAGGAUUGAGGAGUGAGAACAUCGUAUUCCAGGAUUGGAUGCAGAUCCGCAAAGCGACGCCAUUCCUAUGCGGCUUCGACUACUCGCGACCAUCCGCCGUCGGCGAGGAAACGGAGCAACCGUCUCAUGAUCCGCUACACGAAAUGUAUCGCCACCCCGAAAUUCAGUUCGACGUUCCCAGAGAUGGCCGCGCCGGUUUCCAGAAGGUGCAUGACAUUUAUAGUCUUGGCGUGGUGAUGUUUGAGAUCGGAGUUUGGAUGCCAGUCUACGGUAUCCUUGGCAUCGAUAUUGCGAAGCCAAUCAAAGCUUCCAUGGUCAAAAGCGUCCAGUCAAGUCUUCUGCAAAAAGACAACUUGGAUUUACUUGAGUCAGAGGCUGGAGAUGUGUUUGCUGACGCGGUCAAGGUGUGUCUGGAUGGAACACUGGCGCCUAGCAAGACACUUCAAAGGUUUGAAGCUGACAGCCAAUUGCAACUAGCUUUCGGGGAGCACAUUAUUAAAAACCUGGAAAGAAUUUGUAUUUAGUCAUAUGCGAAUGAUUAUAGUAUUGCUUUGAUGAGCAGCUUGAGAGACCUUUGAAACCUGGUGGAAUAUAUACCCACUACUAGAAGACGUAAGUUGAUAUAUCUAC